AUGGUAUAUACGCGACUAAGAGGAAACCCUGAGCUAAGAGCGCAGCAACAUUUUGAUCAUUGCCAAACAGGAAUCAUUGUGAUGAUUGUCUGUAUGGCGGGUAUAAUUCUUCCGCCUGUUGUCUUCUUCUUCUUUAUCCCUAAUUACCUCUUGGUUAGUGACACUCCUCUGUAUGUAAGAGAGGGAGUGUUUGUUGGCAUCAUAGCAGGCUUAGCCCUCAUACCUGCUAUCGUAGGAUACCAUAUGUAA